AUGUGCUUCAGACACGAAUAUUUCUUUCUCUUCUCAUCUUCAUCUUCCGAACUUAUCCUUAUCCCUCCUCCUCCCGUCCUUCCCUUUGCUCUCCCCGAGAGCCCCACCAGCGCGCUCAAGUCGCUCGAGCUCCGCCUGGUAUCCGCAAAAGCAGUGUGCCCGCCGCUCUCCGCCUUCCCCUCGCUCCUCUCUCUCACCCUCUACCGCCUGGACGGCCUUCCAGUGCAAAUCGCCUCUCUCUCGCGCUGCUCCUCCCUCACCUCCCUCUCCCUCUGGCACCUCACUGACCCGCUUCUCUCCUCCCUCUCCUCCUCCUCCUCCUCUCUCCCCGCCCUCCAAUCUCUCACCCUUACAUCAGCAUCAGUUAGAGCCUCCCUGGGAUCGCUCGGUGCUUUCCCCCUCCUCUCCUCCCUCGCUCUCUGCACGUGCUCACAAAUCGAUUUCCCCGAAAUGCACACUCUCUCGCGCUUCCUCCACACACUCACCCACCUGACCAUACAAGACUGCCUCUUGGUUCCCGCAUCUGCUGUGGCCUGUCUGACAGCUGCUAAUUCCUCUCUCGCGUCUCUCUCCCUGCGGGGCAACAUGCGUCUCUUCAGCCCUAGGGAGAUCGAAGCGGCACUUAAAUCCGCCGCCGGCGCUUUAGAAACGCUGACGCUUAGUGGCAUGCCAAUGCUGCGCCGGGGCACGCUUGAGGGGUGUACACGUUUGAAGUCGCUGCGAUUGGAGUAUGGAAAGGGGUCCGUGUGGGAUAUUGCUGGUAUGCUGAGUGGAGGGAGGCUUGAUCUGCCUCUACAAUCGAUGAAUGAUUUCUUUUCUGCGCUGUUUGGACCGGCGGUUGGGGAGCGGCGUGGAAGAGAAGGGAGGGGUGCAACUGUUGGAGAGGGGGCGGGUGGGGAAGGAGGAGCAGAUGGAGGAGGACGGAGAGACGGACUAGAUCCAACCGUAGGCUUGGGGACCGCUGCAGCACCAGUGAAUGCACCCGCAGUAGUGAACACACCAGCACCCGUGGACCCCGUUGUUAGCUACACACAGGCAACUGCACCUCGAGCUUUGCCUUUGCCACUCCAUUCUGUGGAGGCAAGUGUUGUGCCUCUGGAGUCGCUCUGCCUCCACUGCUUUGUCUUUGCCCCAGAUGUUCGAGUCUCCCUACUCUCCACCAUCCCUUGGCCUUCACCGUCGCUCAUCGCAUUUAGGCAAUUGAGGCGGCUGUCCCUGCACGCGUGCUCGGGGCUCGAAGAGAGUGAUUUUCAUGUGAUUUUGGAGUCCUGUCCUCGUUUAGAGCAUCUCCUUGUGGACUACAACGACGAGUUCUCCGACCGGGUGCUUUCGGGGAGUAGACUGGAAAAGCUCAUGCGUUUGAGUGUUGUAGCAUGUCCCAAGGUGACUGCAGAGAGUAUUGGGGGUAUUCUUGGGAGUUUCCCGAAGCUACGGUGGCUGAAGGUGGAGAAGGGAAAAGUGACGGAGAGAGCUAGAAGGGUGUUCCUAAGGGCUGGUGUGAUUAUACGAGGCAUGUGA